GUCAUAAGCCAACAAUGGAAGUAGAGCGAGUCCUCCGUAUGAAUGAUGGAACUGGAAAGACUAGCUAUGCAAAUAAUUCACGUCUUGCGAGAGCCGUGAUAGCCAAAGCAAAGCCUGUACUGGAGGAAAACAUCAAGGAGGUGUAUGCCGGCAACAUGUUUCCUGAGUGUUUGAAGGUAGCAGACUUAGGAUGUUCUUCUGGUCCCAACACACUUAUUGUCGUUUCUCAGAUGUUGGAUGCUAUCGCCACCACUUGCACCCUCUUGAAUCGUAGGCCACCAGCAUUGCAAGUGUUCCUUAAUGAUCUUCCUGGAAAUGACUUCAACACUCUUUUCAAGUCAUUGCCAAGCUUUUAUGAGGAGGUGAAGAAGGAGAAGGGAGGAAGAUUUGGGGCAUGUUUCAUUGUUGGCGCGCCUGGGUCUUUCUAUCGCAAUCUCUUCCCUAACAAUACCAUGCAUUUUGUUCAUUCUUCUUAUAGUCUCCAUUGGCUUUCUCGGGUUCCCAAAGAACUGGAAACGGGUCAAGUAUUGAACAAGGGGAAUAUAUGCAUAGCAAAGACAAGCCCUCCUGGAGUUUUCAAAGCAUAUUUUGAGCAAUUUGAAAGAGACUUCACGUUGUUCUUGAGGUGGCGUUCAGAAGAGAUAGUCCCAGGGGUGGCAUGGUCCUAA